ACCAAUCUCCAACUCCACUAUACAUUGCACCGCGGACAAUAUGGUCAUUAAUCCAACUUACCUCGCGCAGCGGACUAGAACAUCCGCUAGCUGGAACGAUGCGAAGAGACGAGUCCUCAAAUCUUACCGGGAAUGGCUUCGAGCUGGUCCAGAAAUUCAGCAAAUGUAUUCGCUCAACAUACCGGUCUCAGCUAUUCGUACCAAAAUCCGACAGGAGUUUGAACGACAUCGAUAUGUGAGCCAGUUACAGGUUGUUGAUAUGCUCCUGUUUCAAUCGCAUGCAGAAUUUCAGGAAACCUUGAAUUAUUGGAAGCAAUUGUCCCAUGUCCUGAAAUAUUUUCGGGCUGAAGAGGAUCCCACGGCUCGACUCCCUCGAAACUUCAUGCAGGGCUUUUUGGAGGGACGAAAUUAGACUCAUCCGAAUCGACAUCGAUUAGAUAGCACUACUCUUUUUACCGAACCGUAUAACGCCGCCCGAUAAGUUGUAAGAAUUCAUUUAAUGAGGCGGCUUGAUUGCGCUCUUGGCGGCAGCAAACUUGUCAACUACCACAUCACAUAGGUCCAUUAAAUCAUCUAAUCCUUUUUCUAAGGCAUCGAAUG